AUGUUUAAAAUAAAGAGACUCUAAAAUUCAUUCGAAAGAAAGCUACAUGAGUUCUUUAUGAAUUGGAAAAAAAGUACUUAAAAUUUCAAAUAAUGGAAAUCGAAUUUAAAUUUUAUGUAUGAAUAUAAAUUUGGAUUAGAUUAGAUAAUUGAGUUAUGAAUAAGACUAGGAAGAAACUAGAAAUCUACUUAUUUAAUAAGAAUUAUAAGUUCAAUAAUCAAUAAGCAAAUUCAAAAUGUUGAAUCAUAAUAAAUGUGAUUAAUAUGAUUAACAAAGAAACUUUGCAAUUUUAUAAUCAGAAGUAGAACAAUUUGCUACUUGUAAUUUUCAAAUUCAUAUUAGUGGUUUUAAAAGGGGAAUUAAGAGAUAAAAUUAUUUUUAAUAACAGAAGAUCUGAACUUCUAAUGGAAAUAUAUUCUGCUUUGGAGGAAGUUUAAACUAGUUCUAAUAUAAUUUUCUUAGAAUAUAAGAUGUAAUAAUUAGAAGUAAAUUAAAAUUAACAAAAGAUAUUAGGUUUAGUUAAGGGAUAAUUAAGCAAUUAAUAUAUUGAUUAAAUUUGUAAAUUGUAUCAUCAUAAAGAAUUUUGGUUUGCUUUAGAACAAACUUAUAAUGAAAUGUUGAAAUAGAGAAUAUUCAAUAACAAUUUUUAGAAAAUAGCAAAAUGCUUAUACAUAAUCAAACCAAAUUGUUAGCUUUAUGAAAUAAUUAGGGAUUUGAAUGAUAAAAGUGAUGAUGAUUAAAUUGAAAAGACAGUAGAAUUUUAAUCGUAUUUUAUAGUUCCAUUAAAAGGCAAUAGAAAUAGCCAUUAAAGAAGGAUAUUAACAUUCAUUAAAGUUUCAUUUAGAAUAAUGUUUGUAUCAUAGUUGGAGUUUAGAACAAAAAGGUCAUUUAAUAGAAAGUUGUUUAAAAUUAUCUAAGUAAUUCUAAGAAAGAGAUCGAUUAUAUUAAGAACUUUAGGAUAUGAAAUAGUUGUGA